AACCUGCUGCUGCAAAAUACACCAUCACGAUUACCUUCCUCUGAUGCUGCCUUGUGGACUGUUGAUGUUUUCACUCAACAGUACUACAUAGACAUGGGCCCCGAUUUCUGCUGAAAUUGUGAUGGGAAAUAUGCAAUGUCAUCAAGACCACAUAAGGACAGAACAAGGAAAUUCUGUGAUAUAGCCUUCAAACAAGUGUCCCCGAGUGUUGAAACUAUUGAAAGGCCUUGGCUCAUAUACUUGCCAUUGACUGGCUGUGUCUUCUGUUUUGUGUGCAAAUCAUUUUCUCUGAACAGCACAUCUGCACGAACCAAGAGAGGAUUUGAUUCAUGGGAUCACAUUGGCAGACUUGGUGACCAUGAAAGUUCUACUGAGCACCGACAAGCUCUUGCCACUUAUACAAUGUGUUUAUCGAAGACUCAAACCCUUAAUAAACAUAUAGCAGGUGCAUAUAUUGAAGAAAGAAAUUACUGGACAGUGUUGAAGCAAGUCGUAUCAGCAAUAACAUUUCUGACAAAACAAGGUCUGCCACUGCGAAGGACUAAUAAAAACGUUGGCUGUCUUAAUAGUAGCAACUUCCUUGGCUGCUUAGAGUUCUUAGCAGAGUACGACCCUUUCCUGGCCUGCCAGCAUUGCUCCAUGCCAGAUAUUAGCCAUACUGAUCAGCUGACAUUUACUGUGUGCUAUGUGCUGAAUAACUGUAUACCUGUGGAACAGUUCUGGAAUUUUUCCAGUUACAUCCGCAUACAGGUCUUCAUCUGUUUAAUGUCAUCAAUGAAACCCUAAGUGAUGAACUAAAUAUCAAUCUAAAGGACUGCGGAGGUCAAACAUGCAACAAUGCUAGUAACAUGUCUGACACUUAUUCUGCUGUGCAAGCUCAUGUAAUUGCAGUCAACAAGAAAGCAGUGUACAUCCCAUGCAUGACCCACUCACUUGAUCUAUGUGGUGUUCCUGCUGCAGAGUCAUGCACUGAUGUAAUUACAUUUUUUUGAUUUGUCCAAAAACAGUAUGUGUUUUUUCUGAGGAUCAACUUAUCGCUGGAGCCUCUAGUGAGAUUCUCUGAAUGAGGAGACAUCUGAGGCCAGUAAGAGAAAAAUUUUCCCCAAGUGCCUCAGGGACACAAGGUGGUUAGCUUGAGCGGAUGCACUUUACAGUUCAUCAUGCAACUACAAAAGCUACAAAUCUGUGCCUCAGGCUCUUGGUGUGGACACUCUGCAGAAGAGUGACACACAAGCAGAGACAAACCCAUUAUCUAAAACCAUGGAUCAGUUGAAGACUGCAUUUUUGACAGCAGUUUGGAGUAGUAUCCUUACAAGAAUAAACAAAACAAGUCAACUUCUGCAGUCUCAAACAAUGGACUUAGGCACAGCUGUGGCACUUCUGGGGUGACUAUCUGAGUUUGUCACAGCACAACGGAAAAUUUUUGAGGAAUACCAUGAAUUUGUGACCUCUUUAAGUUCUACAACUAACUUUCAAUUAAAGUGGUAACAUUGUCCAAAGCAUAUGGCUGAUGAUAGCAUAGGUGCUGGAACUAGGAGUGCUGGGGGUGUGGCAGCACCCACUGGUUUGAAGUGAUUUCCAUCAUAGCCAUUGAACAAAACUAUAGACUCUGUAUAUCAGCACCCCCACUAUAAAAAUUGUUCUAGCACCUAUGGCUGAUGGUGAAGACCCUGCUGUUGUGCUGACUGGUGAAGAGAAGUUCAAAGUUGAAUCAUUCUCUGCCAUAGUUGACUCAGCCAUCUCAACAGAAGAAUUCAUGCAUGUUCAGAACUAAACAACAGUUUUUGUUUUUAACAGGUGACCUUGACAGUCACCUUUGUCCGACUUGUCCUCGUCCACCUCCAUGAAUGCAAAUGGACACCACACCAUUCUAUUUCGUUGUGAGCACGUUCUUUCCAUUUCUGGCCAAAGAGUUUUGUCAUGGGAUCAGCCCAGCGCAUUUUCAGUCUGCCCAGCAAUCACUUGUGGUUUCUGGGGAUCCAGUCACCGAUGUGGGUUGUCCACCUAUUGUCUUACCUGUGGACUACAUUACCCGCCCAGCUUUGCUUUCACCUUGAGAGUACUGCUGUUAAAGAGUCUCUCAGAAGUUUAAUUGAAUUCUAUUGAGAUAAACUCAAUUAAAAGAUCUCUGAAAAAUGGAUACAGUGAUGCUCACUUGUAAAGCAACUUGCCUCGAAGCCAUUAUCACAAGCUCUGCCUAUAUCAUUGCAAAUGCUGACCAUAAUGAACUGACACUACCAGUCUCAAACUGCAAUGGAGAAAGGUCUUUUUCACAUUUAAAAAGGAUAAAAAGUGCUACAGUCGUUCAAGAAAGACUUGAUAGUCUUACUCUAUAGACUUCUCCAGUUUAAUUGAAACAUUUGCUGCAGCAAAGGCAUGCUGAAAAAUCUAAAGAAAUUUUUCAUCUCUGUAAAUAGAACAAUAGCUAUAUGCAAUGGUUUUGUUGAGUAAUUUAUUCAUGUUAAUACUUUUUAUGUAAUAUACAAAUUACUUACCUGAAGCAAGACUAAUAUGAAUAAUUUUUCAUAUUUUUUAUUUUAAAACAGUUUUAUGUCUGUCCCAAUUUCAUACAAAAAAAUAAUUCAAAUCUUGGUAGUUCCUAUUAGAAAUGGUGCAAUAGUGUGAAGGUUGCCUUUUGGUGGGAGCAGUAUUUGGCUACUGUUUUGGUCAGCUUUAGCUUUUGUUAGCUUUUUUUACCCACUGUGUUUUGUUUUGUAUUUUUUCUUUUACUGUAUAAUUUAUUUUAUGUACACUUGUAUUCUUUUUGCCCUAGGGCUGCCAUUGCUGGUACCCUAGUGGCAGCCACCUCCAUCUGCAACUUAAAUUUGUAAAUAAAACCUGUGUGCUGUGUCAGA